UCCUCCAUUUACUGCUUCGCGGGUGGAUAAGCAGGUUGUGUUUCAACGUUCUUCCGCCUUCAGCCGCUUAAGUUCCCCUUCUUUCUCAAUACACAUCCCCAUCAACCACGAUCCGAUUAUUCGAUCGAUAAUACCUCAUACAUAACCACAUCUGCUCGACUCGCGUAUCGGACAGUCCGAUACCCAGAGUCCAUAGUUCAACUUCAAGAUGACUACUAUGGAUCUUCGCGUUGGUAACAAAUACCGUAUCGGCCGUAAGAUCGGUAGCGGCUCUUUCGGUGAUAUCUACCUCGGCACCAACAUCAUCUCCGGUGAGGAGAUCGCCAUCAAGCUUGAGAGUGUCAAGGCCAAGCACCCUCAACUCGAAUAUGAAGCUCGUGUUUACAAGUCCCUCGCUGGAGGUGUUGGUAUCCCAUUUGUCCGCUGGUUUGGAACCGAGUGCGACUACAAUGCCAUGGUCCUCGACCUCCUUGGUCCCAGUUUGGAGGAUCUCUUCAACUUCUGCAACCGCAAGUUCUCCUUGAAGACCGUUCUUCUCCUUGCCGAUCAACUCAUCUCCCGUAUCGAGUACAUCCACGCCAAGUCCUUCAUCCACCGUGAUAUCAAGCCCGACAACUUCCUCAUGGGAAUCGGCAAGCGUGGAAACCAAGUCAAUGUCAUUGAUUUCGGUUUGGCCAAGAAGUACCGUGACCCGAAGACUCACUUCCACAUCCCUUACAGAGAGAACAAGAACUUGACUGGUACUGCCCGUUACGCCUCCAUCAACACUCACUUGGGUGUCGAGCAAUCCCGUCGUGAUGACAUGGAGUCCCUCGGAUAUGUCAUGUUGUACUUCUGUCGUGGCUCCCUUCCUUGGCAAGGCCUGAAGGCUGCUACCAAGAAGCAGAAGUACGACCGAAUCAUGGAGAAGAAGAUGACCACCCCGACUGAGGUUCUCUGCCGUGGAUUCCCCAAUGAGUUUGCCAUCUACCUGAACUACACUCGUUCCCUCCGUUUUGAUGACAAGCCGGAUUACUCCUACCUCCGAAAGAUCUUCCGUGAUCUCUUCGUCCGUGAGGGUUUCCAGUAUGACUAUGUCUUCGACUGGACCGUCUACAAGUACCAGAAGAAUGCCCAGGCCAUUGCCCAAGCUGCCAACCAGCAGACCGCCCAGGAUGAGGAGGAGAAGCCCGGACGUACCACCCGUCUCACUGCUGCAACCGCCGGUGGACCAACCCCUCAGCAUUCCUCCAGUGCCAACAAGCCAACUGCCAUUUCCAGACCCCGCAACAAGGUGAUCGAGCGUGGAACUGGUGUUGACACUCCCGAUACCACCCGUGCCGUCGGAAGCAGUGAUAGGAUGUGAGUUGUCUCGCUAGCCCGGUUCCUUGUAAGGGAAUAUCCCUCUUCGCGUUAGUGUGCUUCGAUGACGCUGGCCGCGGGGAGAACAGAUUGCUGACUGGAUGGCUGACACUAUAGUCUCCGCAAAUAGGCUGCGCUCUGCCUCCAAAGGUGCAGCAACUGGUACUGGAUAUG